CUGCCGGAGACUCCGGGUAACGGCAGCUUCGCACGUUACGUCAUAUACUUUUGUUGGAACUAUAAAAGAUAUGCCCCAGGCUAGUAUAUUCAUGGCAUCUGAUAACCACGGUCCCUCGUUGCUUCGCUGGGGUUUUUACGACUUUCAAUCAGCAGAGCACACGCGCAUCCAAAGUCUCAGAAAUGCGGAGUAUCGCAUUUCUGUCGAGCCUCCACAUCAGCAGACCAAUUAGAAAGUCAGUUCACCUUAAAGGCUUUAACCUGAAGAUACGCGUGCCUUCCUCACACAGACGCCUCUAAGCCGGCAGCUGAGGAUUCAGUGUACACCGCUGCUUUGGAAGAGCUAGUCUCUCCAAACACCUUUUAUUAGGACUCUGACUUAAACAAAAGAGGACGCACGCGCAUUUUACUCUGAAAUGCAAAGCUGGCUACUGCUCCUGGUUGUUCUCAUCUUAUCAAAACCACAAGAAGUGAUGGGACUGGGCCACUCUUGCCUCAAAUGGCGUCUCGAUAGCGACGGGCAGACGCGCGCCACGUUCCUGCGCGAGGAGGGGGCGACAGGCGCGCGCGCCUUGUACCUCAGCGUGUGGUCCGCCAGCAUGCGCCCGGUGGGAUGCGAGUUCAACAGCGACCCGGGCGUCACCGAAAGGUACCGCGCUCUCUGCGACGGGACGGAGAGUGCGCAAAAUGCGCCGGGGUUCAACAUCAGCGCGCUGUGGGCUCCGGACGGACCCUGCGCGCGCCUCACCCCCGGUGCGCCGAAGUUUAGCGGGCGCGCACGAAGAGACGGGAGCGAGAGGGGCGCACGGAGGAAACGCGCCUGGAUCCUGCCUGGGACUCUGUGGUGCGGCAGGGGGAGCGAAGCGGUCCGAUAUGAACAGCUAGGAAUGUUUGAGAAUACAGACAGAUGCUGCCGUGAGCACGACCACUGCCUGCACAUCAUCCCCCCUUUCAGGGUGAACUAUGGCGCGUUCAACCCAAACCUCUACGUGGUUUCACACUGCGACUGUGACCAGAGGUUUCGAGAGUGCCUUCUCAGCGUGAAUGACACCAUUUCCAGCAUGGUGGGAUACAGCUUCUUCAACAUUCUGCGGGUUCCCUGCUUUGAGCUCAAACAAAAGAGGCGAUGCACUGAGAUGUACUGGUGGGGAAUAUGCAAAGUAGCCAAGGAAGCUCCGUAUGCGGUCUUCAAACCCUCUCGCCCUUACAACGCGUCUGAUACCGAGAGCACUGUUACAUCAGGGGAAAAGACUGACGUCGACAGGUCACCCCAUGCCACUGAGCAGCCUGCGACCAGCCUCCACAAAAGGUCACCUAAAGGUCAACAUAGAUGUGGCUCCAGAGGCCGGCCCAGGGGAGACACUUUUCACCAGAGAAGAACGAAAGGGGAACCAUGUAAAAGACAGCCUCCAGUGGCGCCGUCUCAAACGCCCACCAUAAGGUCAAAAAUCCCCACCCUCUCUAUGAACACGGGUCAUUUAAAUGUUUCCAAAAGCAGAGAACUGACAACAAAUAAGAAGAAAGUUGGAAAAAUGAGGGGCAUCGACAACAGCGCCACAAAAAGCCAAGUUCCACCACAGGCCACGCUCUCUUAUCAACAAAGGUCUAACCCGUCUUCAACACAUCAGCUGCACCUACAGGCAACCGCCACGGUGGCCAGAGCCACUGAAGCGCACGAAAAGGUCUCAAAGCGCAGGCGCUGUUGUAAAUCCAGGAAGCCGGUGAGGGAUGACGCUUCACAGCAACGGUGCAAAAGUUGCUCUGCAGAAGAGACGGCCUCUGACAAAACAGCGGCUACACCUGCGACAGCCACGGAUGCUUCACACGCCAACGUGACAACGCUGAGGGCCCCGCCACACGACACGGCCAAAGAAACACCCGCACAAGCCACACUCUGGGACUCGACUACAUUCACCAGGAACGGAAAGGCCGCUGCCUUCCUGCGUGUGAACGCCAGGUCACAAAAGCAGGUGGAUUUUAAGCUAUCGCAAGAUAAUAUAAGCCAGGAGCCUCUGGGCAGUAGCGGAGCCCAAAGCAGCUACACAGAGAGAAGCCUGAAAGGAAAUGAGUCAUUGCGCAACAUGACAGAUGAUCACUUGAUCUGUGGAAGUCUCAAACAUCUGGAUGAAUGCAAAUAUAAAAUCCCUCCAAUGGAGAAGAGAUAUGAUUUGCAGAACGCGGAGUCCAAGGCUGCCUACCACUGUGACUGCACCAGCCGCUUGGCUGUUGUGUUUGAAGGCUUCAACCAUCUGAGUGUUCUCCCCAUUCUACUGAAGGAUUAUGUCUCUCAGUACUGCUUUAAUCUGCCAAAAGAUAAGAAAUGCCUCGCCAGAGAAAGCUGUUCUGGAGGCUUUGCUGUAGCUUCUGACUUACUCCAAACACUUAAGGAGACAGAGGUAACAGAUGCAACUUGGCGGAGAUAUUCAGACAUCAACAAAAGGAGAGGGUUUCCUGUCCGUCUUUAUAAGCGAUGUCUAAGGCUGGAAAGAGAAGCCUUUUAUUUGAAAAUACAGUAAACCCCUAUGUGCAGCAACAGUUAUGUCUAUACAUUGUGUUACUUUCCUACUACGUUUAGUAGUGUAAUUAAAUAUUGUAAUAUUCUUGUAAGUAAGCCAUGAAUAUGAGUAUAUUUAUAAAGAAGUGUAAUAAAAAUGCAAACUGUCUUAUUAUAAGUAAGAAAAAAUAACUCCACACAUGCUGCAUGUUCCACACUUCUUUGCUGAUUUUCUUUGCUGUGCUUUGCUUUGAUGACUAACAACAUUCCAGUAAUUAUUAACUUAGAUGAGAAAACAGUGAGCGUAACGCUUCAUCUCAUUCAGUGUGCGCCCCAUCUGCCCUCUCUGACGUGGUGUUAUUUGCAAGACAACAGACUGAAAUUGUCAACAUCUGUUGUUUUAAAUAAAUAAAGCCUAUGUUUCCAACUAGA